AUGCCGCAAUUGAAUGAACAACUGUUUCCUUCAACCCCAGGUAAAAUUAAGAUCGAGCGUGCCCAUCAUCAUUACACGAUGAACAGAGCGGUUCACCGGUGUUUCACCUCCACCAGCACGAUUUUUCUCUGGGCUUUGUUUUUGGUAGCUCUAAUGGCGUCGUAUAUGAGCAUCCAAAGCUUCGUUGAUUCCGGUAGCAGGUACCUCCACCACACAACGUCGCGAGGUCACGGUGGCAUUGGUGGGCUCCUUUGGGAGAAACAAAUCCGUUCAUCGGCUCAGAUCCGUCGUUCUAAUGGUAUCUCCGUUCUCGUUACCGGCGCAGCCGGUUUCGUCGGAACACACGUCUCCCUGGCGUUGAAGAAACGCGGCGACGGCGUUGUUGGUGUUGAUAACUUCAACGACUAUUACGACCCAUCGUUGAAAAAGGCACGGCGUGGUCUUCUCGAUUCACACAACGUCUUCAUCGUCGAGGGUGAUAUCAACGACCGGCAACUUUUAGCAAAACUAUUCGACGUGGUGGCGUUUACCCACGUUAUGCACUUGGCUGCGCAGGCCGGAGUCCGAUACGCCAUGGAAAACCCACACUCAUACGUCCACAGCAACGUCGCCGGACUGGUUACGCUUCUUGAACAAUGCAAGUCAGCCGACCCACAACCCGCCGUCGUAUGGGCCAGCUCCAGCUCCGUCUACGGGUUAACGAUAAGUCGCCAUUUUCCGAAUCCGACCGGACCGACCAACCGGCGUCUCUCUACGCCGCCACAAAAAAAGCUGGUGAAGCGAUUACACAUACGUACAACCAUAUUUACGGGUUAUCAAUCACCGGACUGA